AUGGCUGCCUAUCACUGCUGUGUCCCUUUCUGUAACAGUGAUGCCAGGUACAAUGCAGAUAAGAAGAUCUCCUUCCAUAGAAUCCCAGCCCUCCAUGUGGAGCCGCAGAGACACCGUGCCUGGCUGACCCGCAUCCGCCGAGAGCCGGGGCCCAACUUCAAGAUAUCCAGUUGCACCAGGGUGUGUUCUAAACAUUUUCUUCCAACGGAUUUUGUAAAGACGUUGACGGGUAAAAAGGAAUCUCAAACCCUAUAGUGUGCCAUGCAUAUUUCAGUGGACAACAAAUGAGCACACAGAGGAACAGAUGUCUACUUUAAAAAAGAACUCUGGGUCUGCAAAAAAAACACCCUUCAGCCCAUUUUGCCAUCACAACCCCCACAGUGCAGAAUAGCAAGCCAUCCCAGCCAGCGGAUAUAACCGCGUCCAUUCUGGACCACUGUUAUGACCUUCCCCCGAUGACAGACACAGAAAUGCUGCAUGCAGCUCGUGAAGAAAUAGCAAGGCUGCAGCAACGUAAUGCCGCUUUGGAGAAAAACAUGUUCUUCCUGGAGCGGUUUUCCACAGAUCCAAGCCUUAUUAAUUUUUACACCGGCUUCAAAGAUUAUUCCACCUUCAAAGUUGUGUUUUCAACAUUGACUGAAACAGAAGGUAGCUCUGACAAAUGGAAGCAAUGCCAGCAGGAAGGAAAUGCAGGUUUCAACAAGCAGUCGGUGGCGGAAUAUGAGACCAUGCCACAGAUUGACCAGUUCUUCUUGUUUUUAUGUAAAGUUCGGCAAGGAUUCCAUGAUAGAGAUUUAGCUGUUCGCUUUAACAUGACACAAAACAGGGUUACCAGGAUUGUUAUCACAUGGGCUCACUAUUUAUACCUUGUCCUUGGAGAGAUACCACUUUGGCGUAGCCGUGAAACCGAUUGCCAAGAUGUGCCGGAGUGCUUCAAAGCUUCCUACCCUCGUGCCCGGGUGACCUUACAUUGUGCCGAAAUUAAAGUGCAGACAAGUAAUACGGAUAGCACAAGUUCCCAGAUAUACUACAGUCAUGCGUCUUACAAGGGUUUGCUUGGCAUAGCACCCCAUGGAGCUGUGAUAUUUAUAAGUCCCCUGUACUCUGGCUGUGCAUCAACAAGAGACAUCACAAAGUCAUCUGGAAUCUUGGAUUUGUUGGAACCUGGUGACAGGGUCAUCACCGAUAAAGAUUUUGGUAUACAGGACCUGGUGGAAUCUGUUGGAGCAUUUGCAGUUGUCCCCCCAAUUAUAAACUGCCGCCCCUGCCUCGUGAGUGCCGUGAAGCUACAGUCAUGUUAAGUCAGCCUUCAGAAGAUCAUAAUACUAUGUACAUCUUGGCAUCCUCUAACGAGCAAGGUCAAGAAACCUUGGUAGUGACAACCUCCACAGGUGUAGAGGAUGCAGUUGUGGAAGUAGACCAGUCUGUGGGUGACGAAGAGAUGGUAGAGGUUAUAACUGAAGAAAAAGUUGUGGAAGAAGUGGUGACGACAUCUGACCAUGUAGUUGAGAUUUCCGAUGACCACAUGGAGACAAAGGAAACCUCAAAUACACCCAGAAAUAAUAUGAAGGAAAAGCAUGACAUUCAAGAACAGGUGGUCACCUCUACUCCACAUUCUGAAAAGAGCAGUGAAGAACCUAUAGGACAAAGCACUGAUAUCAAUUCUCUUGCUCGUCUAAGAAUUUGUAUCAAUCAAGAUAUUGACCGUGUUCGUCAGUAUCAUCUUUUUGAUAAUGUUUUGCCAUUUGCCUUGGCAGGCAUAACUAAUCAGCUCUGGGCAGUGUGUGCUAUGCUGACCAACAUCAAUGGGUCACUGAGCUGA